CUGAUUUACGGCACAUUCACGACACAAUGCUGCCACUUAUCUAAAAAAAAAACAUCGCAUAAAUGCAUCUAAACCACAUGGACAAGCAGCUUGUAUGGAAAAUAUGGGCCUCCGUCCUUCAUCCCGCCGCAGCCCGAUUGCAAAGCUCGGUUAGUGGCGCCUUAGUGCCUCUGACCUCGCUGUCCAGACCUCCUUGGCCGGAGACGAAGCUGGUGCCGGAGGAGGAGCAGCGGCGGCAACACGCCGCCCUGACGAGCGCCGUCAACCGGCUGAUCGAACAAGGCGACUAUGGGCGCCUCUUCGCUGUGGUGCACUUCGCAGGCCGACAAUGGAAGGUGACGGACGAGGACCUGAUCCUUAUCGAGAACGACAUAGAGGUGGAGUGCGGCGAGCGCCUGCGCCUGGAGAAGGUGCUUCUGGUGGGGGCGAGUGACUUCACGCUGGUGGGCAGGCCGCUUCUGGCCAAGGAGCUGGUUCGUGUGGAUGCCACUGUGCUGGAAAGGACAGACUCGUGGCCCAAAGUGCACAUGCGCUUCUGGAAGAGGCACCGCUUUCAGCGCAAGAGGAUCAUAGUGCAGCCGCAGACCGUGCUCAGGAUCAACCGCAUCCAGCUGGCGCCUGCGCUCACGUGAGGGCACCGAAGCGAGACGAAGGAUGGCCAAGAUGGUGCCUGAUGGCCUCUUUUAAACAUCGCUCACCAGUGAUGGGACAUUGUGAUUUCCCUGGACUGUUAAUGAAACCGAUCAUGUGAAAAUGUAAACGGCUUUAGAAAUAAAUUGUGUGUUACUGUUUAAUUGAUAGUGUGAGAAAUCAAUUGAUUCGUGACAUUACAUAGAAGUCAUAGGAAAUAUGACUGCAUAUUUGGACUGUCUACAUUUUUUAUGUUUCAUUUAUUCGGAGAAGGUUUGGGGGAAAGAUGCAGAAGAGAAGAACAAAUACAUUAUUGCAUGCCUAUGCCACCCAUGAACAUUGUGGUGCCAUCUUUAGCUAAUUAUAUACGUGGGCACUGUGUUGGUGGCCUGAUAACAGGAGAAAAAUUUCAGCUAUGGUAAACCAUUUAAAAAAAAUUUUAAAGGUCCUGUAAAGUCCUUUUCAUGAGUUGUUUCUCAAUACAUUAAGAGAUGCUAAAUUAUAGCUAUAAAAUCUUUUUCAAACUCUGCCGGUAGAAUUUCUUGGGUAGCCUUCAAAAAGGAAUCUGCUGAAAACAAAUCCUGGGUUUCUGGCCUACUCAGUCCCACGUUAAAGGGAUUAAAUUCCGUCUGUUGCUAUUUGACUCAAUUGCUACUUCCUCAUUCAAAACCUGUACAUCAAGCUACGCCAACAAGAUACAGCUCGUUAAAAUACAUGUUUCAUCAGGUGCUUUCUUUUAGUGCUGCAACGAUUAAUCGAUUAACUCGAAUAAUUCGAUUAGAAAAAAGAUUGGAAUUUUGCUGCUUUGAGUAUUCGUUUUAAUAAAGUGGAGUUGUAAUGGUUUUGAAAGUGUUUGCGUUUAGUUUCAUUGAUUUGGGUGGAUACCUUGUCCGUUAGUGGCGACUGAAUAUGUACAUAUAUGUACUAAUACGUAACUCAUUUCCCAUGGCUAAAUCCAGCUGCUCCCUGUUAAGUAAAACUUAAGCUAAGUUUUUGUUUGAGCUAAUGUUUUUUUUUAAAAGUAUUCGUAAUUUAUCGGUAUAUUUAAACGUUUUUUUUUUGUGGGAAUAUGUUUUGAACCAUUUGUUAGAAGCAUUGUUAAAAAACGAUGGCAUUUUAUAGAAUUUAAGCUAGCGGAGUUUCGCUACGUAAGUUAGCAAAUUGCUCUUUUUAGAUCCUCAUUUAUGUAUUUGUUUUAUCAGCCACUACACAUCCCCUACCAUCAAACUGAGCACUGGAGCCCCUCAAGGCUGCGUGCUGAGCCCGCUUCUCUAUUCCUUGUAUACUCAUGACUGUACACCUGUCCACUCAUCAAACACCAUCAUAACAUUUGCUGACGACUCAACUGUUGUUGGUCUCAACUCCGGUGGAGACGAAACCGCCUACAGAGAUGAGGUACAGCGACUGUCAGCAUGGUGCUUGGAGAACAACUUGGUUCUGAAUUCCACCAAGACCAAGGAAUUAAUAGUGGACUACAGGAAGGUGCCUGCCUCGGAACCGGCACCUCUCUGGGUAAACAGAGUACGUGUGGAGCGUGUAAAGACCUUCAAAUUCCUCGGCGUACACCUAUCUGAUGACAUCUGCUGGUCAGCUAACUCCUCGGCCAUGGUGAGGAAAGCUCGCCAGAGACUCCCACUUUCUGAGGGGCCUCAGGAGGAACAACACGGGCAUGGAACUAAUGACUGCCUUCUACCAAGCAGCUAUUGAGUCCAUCCUCACCUACUGCAUCUCAACGUGGUAUGGAACCUGCUCGGUAGCGGACAAAAAAAUCACUGCAGAGGGUGGUGAAAGCAGCGGAGAAAAUUAUUGGCUCCUCUCUGCCACCUCUGGAGGACAUUGCUGCUGCGCGACACCUUAAAAGAGCUAAGAACAUUAUUAAAGACUCUUCCCAUCCUGCUAAUCACCUGUUUGAACUGCUGCCCUCUGGCAGGAGAUACAGGGCGAUGAGAUCACGUACAACUAGACUCAGAGUUUUUUUUCCCAGGGCCAUCCGCGUUCUCAACACUGAACAGCACUAAUUGUUCAUGAUGCUGCUAUGUAGCAACUUUUGCACAAUAAUUUAUUCUUUUGUCUUUUAUUCAGUAGUAUGUUUAAGUUGUGUGUUAUUUUACUGUCUUGUGUUUUAUGGUCCCACAGAGUA